UCGAGCGUCACCGAGCGGAUCUGAGCGGUCCGGAAGCUCGGCGCGUCCCCAUUGGUCGCUUUGUGUGAAUUUGUUCGAGAAGGCGGCCAAUCGGCGCGGCGUGGGCGUGGCGUCGGCGCAGGAGUUGCCCGGAGCGGGCUCGGCGACUGCCAACUCCGCUCGGCCGGCUGGCGAAGGCGCACGCUCGCACGCUCGCACGGUGUCCGUUCACGGCUAAUUGGGCGCUCGCAACUUUCCAGCGGGCCGCAGAAGGCUCGGAGAGGAGGUAACAGCCGCCGAACAGCGCGUACACCUUCAUGAACCGAGGACGCGGCUUCGUCGGUCUUGGAAGGUUUUCUUUUCGGCUUCCCCCCAUGAAGACUUUCUGCACUUGACAGGUCGCUCGCCGACAUGACCGAGGGUUGCGAGUUCGAGAUCGACGUGGAGAGCGUGGACGAGCGAGCGGAGGAGGAGGGCGACGACGACGACGACGACGUGGAAGACAACGGCGACGGCGGCGGCGGAGAGGCCCGCGCCGCCGGGGCCGCCGCCCGGCCGGGCCUCCCCGCGGGCCUGAGCCCCGGCGAGCAGCGGCGCAAGCUGAGCCGCACGCCUAAGUGCGCGCGGUGCCGCAACCACGGCGUGGUGUCGUGCCUCAAGGGCCACAAGCGCUUCUGCCGCUGGAGGGACUGCCAGUGCGCCAACUGCCUGCUGGUGGUGGAGCGCCAGCGGGUCAUGGCCGCGCAGGUGGCGCUGCGCCGCCAGCAGGCCACCGAGGACAAAAAAGGCCUGUCUGGGAAACAAGUUGCAGUCGAGAGGAGGCCCAUCUAUCAGAGACAUGUUCGUCCAUCAACUCUGCUGGCCAAAAGCAUCCUGGAAGGUUUCCGUCCGUUGCCGUCCGAGCCCUUCCUGGCCGGCGGCCCGUCGCUGCCUCCGCCGCUGAGCGACCGCAUGCGCAAGAGGCGGGCCUUCGCCGACAAGGAGCUGGAGAGCAUCAUGCUGGAGCGCGAGCUUCUGGAGAGCGGCCGGGCGUCGCCGCUGCUCUUCGCCAACCGGCCGGCGCGCCGCGCCUUCGACUGCGACGCCUACAAGUCGGCGUACUCGCCCGCCGCCGACCCGCGCCCGGGGCCCGCCCGCCCGGACGUGCCGGCGCCGUACCCGGCGGCCGGCGACGGCGGCGAGUCGGUCCCGUCCGGCGCCGCCUACCGGCACUACCCGCGAGGGGGCUUCGUGGUGUGGCCCCGCGCCGCCGCCAACCUGGGCGACGCCCUGCUCUACCGCCAGUGCCUGUUCAACGCCGCGGCCGCCGAGAACGGCAAGGCCGGCGCCGCGCCGGGCGAGGGCCGGCCUCCGCGGGAGGACGCGGCCUCGUCGCGGGACCCGCUGAGGGCGGCGCCCGCGACCGCCGGCGCGAGGGAGAACUCGGCUUUCUACCCGCCCAAGAGGCGCUUGGGACACGCCUUCUCGCUCGACGUCGACUGCGGCUUCCGCUCGCUCCUCCAACACUCGCUGGGCGACGGGGGCGGCGCGGCGCCGUACUGUAAGGAGCUCCUGCAGGAGGCGGCGCGCAAGCUGCGGGAAAGCGGCAAAACGGCCGACGGGCGCGCCGAGGACUUUCCGUCCGAGCCGGGAGGGGCCAAGAUGGCCGCCGGCGAGUCCCUGUCCUUCUCGGUGGAGGCCAUUUUGAACAGACCCGCCAUGAGUCGAGCCUUUCACUGAAGUGGGAUUUGCGUGGGGGGGUAGGUGGGUGCGAGAAACCUUUCCGAGCUGCGCUUCUGCCACGCGACGACCAAAUGGGCAAAAAGCAAGAUCUGUGCGCAAGGCCGAACGAGCUCGUCCUCUUGUCUUCUUUGAAGCGGGCAGUUUUUGGCCCCCGACCUCUCGCGAUUUCGCGCGAGGGCCCAUCUGACAAAGAUGGCGCCUGGCGGGGCUUUGGCAUCCAUGUCAACGUGUCCGCAAAGAAGACUUUCUUUCGUGCGGUUGUCGCGGUCCAACGUUUUGAAAGCGCUUCCUCAUGUCAAUAAACGUUUGCCUACAA